GCUUCAAAGCAAAGCCGCUACGGCUGCAAAACCACUGAAGCUUAAUGGCGUCCUUGUGCUCGGAUUAGCUAUUCCCUUUCCCUCCUCCUUCCUUCCACCCCACCUUCCUGAGGGGAGGGGAGGGAAGCGAAGAAGACAGAGCAGUAACAGGGAAAGCACCGCCAGGCGCCCAGAUCGACUUCGGCUUUGCCGGGAAAGCAGGCGGUGGAGAUUCCACAAUGCGCAAGGCGCCGGCUAAGGCUGCCCGGUAAGCUAGGAAGCCGACGGCACUUCGUGCUCCAUGCAAGCGACGGUGGCUGCAGCAGCGGCAGGAGCGGUACAGCGCAGGAGACGCCUGCUUGGUAGAGGAGGCGGCAGCAGCAGACGCCGCAACAACGGAGACGCGGCUCCUUCCUCUUCCCAGCAGCAGCAGCAUCAGCAGGAGGAGGCUUAUCUUGAAAUGACUACAGCAAGAUACAGACCUACGUGGGACUUGGUGCUUGAUCCUCUUGUGUCCUGUAAGCUCUGCCUAGGGGAAUAUCCAGUGGAGCAGAUGACAACAAUCGCACAAUGCCAAUGCAUCUUCUGUACUCUGUGCCUGAAACAGUAUGUGGAGCUUCUGAUCAAGGAAGGCCUAGAAACAGCAAUUAGCUGCCCGGAUGCUUCCUGCCCAAAGCGAGGUCAUCUACAAGAGAAUGAAAUUGAGUGUAUGGUUGCAUCGGAAAUUAUGCAGAGGUAUAAGAAGCUACAGUUUGAGAGAGAAGUGCUUUUAGAUCCUUGUCGGACUUGGUGCCCAUCUUCUUCCUGCCAAGCAGUUUGCCAGCUUCAAGAAUCAGGGCCUCAGAAUCCCCAGCUGGUACAAUGUACCGCUUGUGACAUAGAAUUCUGCUCUGCGUGCAAAUCUAAUUGGCAUCCAGGACAAGGUUGCCAAGAGAAUCUGCCAGUCAGCUUCCUUCCAGGGGAGACAAGCUCUGUUUUUAAAAUGGAAGAAGAUGAUGCUCCAAUCAAACGGUGCCCCAAAUGCAAAGUUUAUAUUGAACGGGAUGAAGGAUGUGCCCAAAUGAUGUGUAAGAACUGUAAACACGCCUUUUGCUGGUACUGUUUGGAAUCACUUGAUGAUGAUUUCCUCCUUAUACAUUAUGACAAAGGACCUUGCCGAAACAAGCUAGGUCAUUCCAGGGCAUCAGUCAUUUGGCACAGAACACAGGUCGUGGGGAUCUUUGCAGGAUUUGGUCUGUUGUUGUUAGUGGCUUCUCCUUUUCUUUUACUCGCUACCCCGUUUGUUCUUUGCUGCAAGUGCAAGUGUAAUAAAGGAGAUGAUGACCCUCUACCUACUUAAGACAGACCGAAGAGAGGACUAGCUCAUCACAGUACAUUUCCGCCCCUUUAUUGCACUUAACAUGGUUUUAGCCUUACUCACCCCUGACUUCAGGCAAGACCUACGGUGCCAUGAUUUGAGGAACUACAUUACUGCAGCUUUUUAGCCACAAGUAGGAUGAUGGAGAACAUUAUGGUCUACUGAGGAGCUGGUGGAAAACAAGCUGAACAUCAGAGAAAUAUGUGUAGGUAACAAGUCACUUUGUUCACCUGGAGGUUAGGUUGGCCAGCCUGGAACUGAAUCAGAAUGAAACUUUUCACAUAUCUAUUUGCAUCAAACUGAGGUGUUUUACCACCUAACAUAUGUAUUUGAAGAACUUGCCAUUUUAAAUUGGACCAUUUGUGACUAGAAAUAUCUGUUUAUUAAAGCUAGGCAUGGUAAUAAUAGACAUGGGAAAAUUUAUUUAAGCAUUUCCUUCUUAUCCCACACAGAAAAUAAUCAUGGCCAUCCAGUAGGACAUCCCAUGACUUUGACUUUUCAAAAACAACAGAUGCAAUUGCUAGCUACUAACAUUUUGGGGAAAAUUUGUCCACAAUUUGUGUUGACAUACAUUUGAUUUUUAAAUAUCCCCCCCUACUCACCCAAAGUGUUGAGGUUGAGAUAUCACACAGACCUGCUACCUAAUCAAAGCUCUUUUAAAAAAAAGGUAAUUACUCUUAGCAAGCUUAUCUCCCCCACCCCCACCCCACACACACACUUUUUUUUUUAAUUUGCUACCUGCAACAUAAGUAGGGCUACCUCUAAUCCAGGUAUCUUUUUUUGUACAUAUUGAGAUAAUUCUGUUGAAAUCAAAUGUGCAAAUAGAUGUUCUUUUGAAUAAUGUAAAAGUUAAAAGCAUGCCACAUCUGUCUUGAUGGCAGGUACUAAGAUGAAAAUAAUGAAGGGCAUGAUCCUUUCCCUCAUUGUCUCAGCUCUGCACAUAAGGAGAGGCAAACCCAACAUCAGGGUUUGAUGACGCCCUCUUCUUUACUUCCCCUUCCCCAGCCACAUCUUGGUGCACACACUAGCCCCCCUCUUCAAAUAUGAUUUUUUAAAAGGGCGCACAGCACCCGGAGAGCACACCAGCAAACCUCACCUCAGCGCUGACAAAGCAGCACUCAGAUCUCACCCUGUGCUCACACUUACAGCUCUUCUCUGCAGAUCAGAAGCCCCAGUCUUCCAAUCACAGAAAUAAUAUUUUCAUGCUUACAGUGAUUGUCUCCGUGGACAAGUGCCAUAAUCAUGUUAAGUGCUGAGGGGAGCCGUCUGAGAGCAUCGGCACUAAGGUGGGGUUUUCCAGCAUGCUCUCAGUAUGAUGUACAGUAUUGUUAUCCCCACUAUUUUUUAAAAUAAUGUCUGAAGCGGGACCUAGUCCACUAUACCAGAUGAGCAACUCUCCCAUUGCUUCCCCAGGGCAUUAUUUGAGCCCUCGGGCAAAAAUCAUUUUGGAGGAAAGGCCUGGGCAGUCAAGGGAGGAGUAUCUGGGGGUAGUUUUUCCUCUAAAAGAAAAUCCCAGAUGAUGUUGACUACAACUCCCAGCAUCCUCAGCCAAAGCCCACUGCAGCUAGAGAUUCUGGGAGCAGUGGUCAACAACCUCUGGGAUUCCCUCUUACAGGGUGUUCCCUGUCUGGAAGGUGGUCAAGGGCCUGUUUUCUUCAAUACAGUGGUCCCUCUACGUACGAAAUUAAUCCGUUCCAAAUGCACAUUUGUAAGUCGAAAAAUUUGUAAGUCGAAAAGCGGUUUCCCAUAGGAAUGCAUUGGGAACGGAUUAAUGCGUUCCGGAGCCUAGAAAAAAGACCCAGACCCCCAGUAAGGCUUGCAAACUGCACAGGAACAUUUCUUUUCAAGAAUAAACAGGCAGUAAACAGGCAGGCAAGUCAAGGAAACCGCAUGUAAAAUUCGUAAGUCGAGGAAACCCCAUCUAAAAAUUUGUAAGUCGAAAAAACCGCAUCUAAAACCGGAUCUAAAACUGCCGUUUGUAACUCGAAAAAUACUUAUGUCGAGUAGUUUGUAAGUCGAGGGACCACUGUAUGUGACAUGCACCAAAGACCAACUAGGGAAAGGGAACAAGGGCUCCUUUGAGUCUUACAUCCAUCUGUCUAUCCCAGUGCUCUGAGCUGGGCUCACAUGAGGAAGGAUUGUGCCCAAAGUAACUUUUUUUAUAUACAGCUGUCAACACCUCCAUCCUAAAACACAUGGACAUUUGUAAACUUGAGAGAGGUUAUUUUUUGUUUGUUUGCAACAUUUUUUUUUUAAAAAAUGCCUGCAGUGGUAAUAGGUAAAGUCUGUUCGAUGGUUUAGUCAGUUUUUCAAACAAUUAUAUCUCAUGCUGUAUGAUACUGUGAUGAAGUGGGUAUUUUUCCUCCUUGAUGAAAUCUCUUUUUUCUAUUUUAAAUUUCUGCCCUUUUGCUGCUUUGUUAUGGAACUAUCUGUUGUGUAAUUUAAAGUGCUGUAGAGGGAGUAAACUUUUACUCCAGAGGGAGUAAAAUGUGGGCAUCAGUGUGCUGUUAAAACCUGAGACUGCUGUUUUGCGCUAUCUUGGGGUAUCACUGUAAACACCUCUCUAAUAUAUGCAGGUUUUCAAGCCAGGAAAAAGUUUUAGAUGAAAAUGUAACCUAACAAAUGAAACCUGAAGCAUAUGGGAUAAUGGGGACGUCUUUAGGUGCAUGUGUAAUGACAAUGAAAUGGGAGCUACUUUUAAGGCACAAGUGCGCAGCAGUUUGGAUAGAGAUAUAUGCAUCUAAUGCACAACUGAUCCACAUGCCAGAGACUUGAUCCAUUGACUACAGCCCACCUGCAGGGGGAAAGGAGCUUGCUUUGCCCAUUUCUGAGCCUCUAGUUUUAUGCUAAUAUGCCCAGUCUGUGGCAUAAAAACUGUGAUGCAAAUCCACCACAGGCACUAUUAGCUAUUGUGUUGGUGGCCAUGGGAAGGCAAGCAUAGUAUGUCUGCUCACAGUUGGAUGGGCUGCCACAUUAUAUGAUAUGCAUUUAAGCCUCUGCUCUGAUCCCAGCUAUUCUGUUCGAUGCACCAGUACUAACAAACUCACUUGGCCCAACUCUCCUCUUUCUCAUCCUUUCAAUGAAGGUUUUCAAACUGUGGCACUCCAGCGCUUAUAGGGACAUAGUGUGUGGCCUGGAAGCUGCCAUAUACCGAGUCAGAUCAUUGGUCCAUCUAGCUCAGUAUUGUCUGUACAGACUGGCAAUGGCUUCUCCAAGGUUGCAGUGUUAGCCUACAACUCCCAUCAUCCCCAGCCACAGUGUCCAGUAGCCAGGGAUGAUGGGAGUUGUAGGCCAAUAAUAGUUGGAACGCUGCAGGUUGAUGCCCUUGCUUUAAAUGAAGAACAGGUGAGUCAGUGAGCAGGAGGAAAGAGACAUGCCAAUGUAGGCACUCACUUUUGUCUUGUCUUUCAUGUUUCACCAAUUUGCCCACUGCAAUUUGUGUGUGUACAGAACCAUCAGAGGUUUUCUGUCAAGCUGAUACCAUUAUUAGAUUACAACACACAUCUGAACUCUAGAUUGCAGUCUCAGUCCUGUCUCUGGAAACAGUGUUCAUAUCAUAUCACAUCAGACACCUCAAAAUGUUGACUGAUACACUUUAAUUAUAGAACGGUUCUAAAUGCUGUACCACAUUCUGAAACCAGUUCGGCAUCCUGCAUAUCGGACAUCUGCUCCGUGUAUUAAGUUUGGUGCCUUGCCUUGCAAUCAGUAAAUAACCAUUCAUUGGCAGUGAAUGGAUAUGUUACAUAAUCUGACAAUGGUCAUAUUACCCUGAAAUCAAAGAACAGUAUAACAGGAACUAAUUUACAUUUCAAAUUUGAAGGCUUUGUAUGGGACCACCAAAUGCUUUAGAGUUUUUGUUGCAAUCAGGGGCGUAACUACCAUUAGGCAAGGGGAGGCAGUCGUCUUGGGGCCCCACUACCUCGAGGGGCCCCCCAGAGGCACAUCACAUGACUCCCCACCCGCCCAUGUUGCACCCCCUAUGAAUUAUAUUGAGUCUCUUGGAGAUCGGCAGGAGCAGAGAGUAAAAAAACUAGAUUCAAUGUGAACUAGAUUUUCACCAUAUUCAUAAUGGGGAUGUGAGUAUGAGUGCACUAUAUAUUGUGAAGUGUGUUUGUGUGUGUAUAUCAGUGAGGGGCCCAUUUUAAAACCUUCUCUCUGGGCCCCCUCCAACCUUGCUACGCCCCUGGUUGCAAUUCUAAUAGUUUCAAGUAAAAACUUAGGUUUUGACACCUAUCACUUGUAUUUUAUUUCUGUACGUUGCUUACUUUGGGUACAUCGCCUUAAAUCUUUUCAAGGAGGUUAUAUAAUUCUGUUGGACAAGACUGAUGUAAUCUCAUAUCAAGUCCUGGGAGAUCUCCCAUCCCCCCUCAGUUGAUCCUGAUUUGGUUGUGCUUUCACUGAAAUGGAUAGCAAAAAGGUCCAUUUGUGAGUGGCAAAUUAAGCCUUGACCUGGUGGGUUUGGGCAGAUCAUUUGGUCUGUGGCUUAUUUUGCCCACCUCUGCACAAAUCCUACUUAGCAGACAUUUCAGGCUAAUCAUUUCAAGCUUCUCUGGGAAGCACUUAAGGUAAACUUUCAGUGGCUUUUGAUUGUAGUUACAAAGCUGUCAUUUUCCUAGUGCUAGGUACCAUGUAACUUAAACUGUAAAAAUUGGCAGGAAAUAUUUGGUCCAGUUAUUUCUAUACAAUGAAAUGCCUAGGAUAAUUAGCACAAAUCUACCUGAAAGGAGAGCAACAGAAAUCUUUUAUGUGGACCCCCACCCCCACAAAGAAAGAGAAAAUAAUUACACUUACAUACAAUUUUAAAGAUUUGGCAAACAGAGUAGGUUAUUUUUUAGGGAAGAUUGUGAAAUUCUCCUCAUCCAAAUUUUAACCUGGAUUUGAGGAUCUGCCACCUGAUCUUAUUUCCAGGGGCUCACCAAUGUGUUCGUGAUCUGCUGUCCUUCCAUUUUUUAUUUCUGCACUUUGCAACAAAAUGUGCAUGUGUUCAACCAUCUCUGAAAGUACUCAGUCCCUGUCUUCUUUUGUUCUUCUUACUGGUUACCAAUUUGCCACCAUGCUUAUGUGUGUUUUGAUUUUUUUUUUUUUUAAGGACAAACAGUGAUGUGAUGGUGUGGUCUGUGGGCACAUGAGCUCCUGUACAUUGCUAACCUGUAAAAGGUGGGGUGGGGAGGGGAGUGGGAAGGAGGAAGAUUCUCCAACUGCAGUAAAUUGUGCAUGCUCCCAUUCCAAAAUUAUUUUUAGAAAUGCUUUAAGUUAAACAAGAAGAAAGACUGCAUAAUGCAGAGGCAGAGCCAACUCAUGCAACAUAGUGGAACAGGUUCUUCCCUACCCUUGACGUCUGUCAAAGCUUAUUUUUGACAUAGAUACUGGUCGGUCUCAAUAGAAAGCCUUCUCCAUUAGGUACCACAUAAUUUUACAAAGAGGUUUCUUCAAGGGAGCCUGCUGAAGGAGGACAGUAAUGCAGAUUGAUGAAGCUUAAAGACAUCACAGAGGCCUGCAAUCAUGCCCACUUGCUAAUUCUCACUCUUCCAUAAAGUAAAAACCUGUCAUUUGUGUCUAAAGCCCUGUUACGUGCACAUCUCUCUUAAGAGGGCUCCAGGAGCUUUAGGUGCAGGUAUGUGUAGAACUGAACAAUCAUUGCUCAUCUUACCAUGGAUGUAUUUUUAACCUUGUAUAGAGAAGCAUGGAGGAGUCAUGCAUAUGUAUAAAGGAUGUAUUUGACGAGUGUAAAAAAAAAAUCUGUUUCUGUAUUUGAAAUGUAGCUACAUUUUGUGCCACUAACACUGUGAUGUAUAAAAGAGCUGUUGAAUGCCUUUGAAUGUUGUUUUGUACUUUGAAUCAUAUUGAAGAGUUUUAUUUGUAAUUUCAAUAGAUAUUUUAAAUGAA